GGAAACAUAUUUAUCCUUUUUCCGUAUACAAAUGCGGUAAUCCAUGAGAUUCAAUGCCAUAUGGAUCUCGACCCCAUUACUAUCCCGCACAAAAUAAUGUGUGACACUGAAUACAAUGGUUAUGCCAUUCCUAAGGGGGUCACGGUUUUCCCAUUGCUAUCCUCUGUGCUUAUAGACCCGAAACUGUGGAAGAACCCAAAUUGCUUUUAUCCAGAGAACUUCUUGGAUGCUGAUGGACGUUUUCAGAAAAAUGAUGCAUUCGUUGUAUUUGGCAUGGGCAAGCGUGUGUGUCUUGGUGAGGCUCUGGCUCGUAUAGAGCUCUUUAUCUUCUUCACUUCCCUCCUUCAGCACUUCACCUUCAGAGCCACAGUGCCACCAGAGGAACUCGACACAACACCAACAAAUUGCAGUUUUGGCCGCAUACCCUGCACAUACAACUGCUAUGCCAUUCCUAGGAAAUAGAGGAACAUGCCCACAAAAUGCACAAAGAAAACAUUCUCAUUUCAGUUUUAUGCUUUAAUGGAAAUAAAUAUGUCAAAA